CUGCUGGAGAAGAUGAGGCCACAUGUCCUUCUUGUUCGUUAGUGAUUAAAGUUAUUUACGAGAAGGAAGCGUUUGCAGCUAAACAGGAAGAGCUUGUAAGAAGCGAAGAGAAAGAACUAGUGGCUCAGAAGGCUUGAGAGAAAGUGUAUAAGCACUAUGGCGGCACGCGGUAGAGGAAGGGGGAAGCCCGGUGGCAUGUCAUUCAGCGCGGAGCAGCUGGGAUUUGCCAAGGGAGAAGCAUUGCCACCGCCUACUUUACAACCCCCGCCGAAAUAUCCAAUUUUAGAGUACAAACCGUUAUCUUCAACUAUUACGAACGAAAUGAGUUACUUGUUAGAACUGAAGAGAGAAUAUGCGGAGUACAUGCGAGAGUCCCCCAACAAUGUUCUGCACCUUGUGAUUAAAAAAGAUAUAGAUCGGUAUUCGGAUCUGUACCAAGAUUUAAUAACCGACAAAACCAGUUACGAAUCCAGGUACGAUUGGAGUAGACUGCCCGCGGAGUUGAAGCCUCUGCCACGAAAGCGUAAAGGAACGACGGUGAAGAAGCCUGAGAAGAAACGGAAGAACGUCAACGUAGAAUCGAAGCUUCAGGAAUUAGAAAAGAAGGAAAGUACUCAGCAGAGCGACGCGGAAGAGGAAGGCAAGGAGGAAGAAGAGACGGAGGAGAAGGAGGAUGAGCAUAUCGAGGACGAAGAGGAGGAACUCGAUGAGGAAAUGGACGAAGGCACGGAUUACGUGAAUAAUUACUUCGAUAACGGAGAAGGUUACGACGACGAAGACGAUAAUUUGGACGAUGGACCUAUUUAUUAACGUAUAAUUGUUUUAUAAGAAUUGUAAAUUCCUUUUGGUACUCGAUUAUUGGUGAUACUUACAAGCUGCUAGUUGAGCACUGUACGGCAAUGUAUAUAUCUUUGUUCUCACCGAAAUCCGUGUGUACGGACAAUAAAUUUAUUAUAAUGUUU